UGGACGUGGACGUGGACGUGGACGUGGUGGACGUCGACGUGGUCGAGGUGGUAGUGGGGGUGGAAGUGGUGGUCGAGGUCGCAGACGAGGUGGUAACAAAUAACUUGGAGGGAGCGGUGUCGAAGGUGGCUCCUAUGGCCAAGAUGGAUGGAACAAUUUGAAUAGCGGUAGAGGUGACUACACGCUAGUGACCGUACACAGAGGAGGUAAGCUGGAUAAGCUGCUGAUAUCUAUUGAUAGCGGAAGAACGGGUACAGUCUGUAAGAUGUAUGUGUGGAGAGUUUUAUACAUAUUUAUUAAAUCUGGUUAUUUUAACCUAGUAAAAUAUUUUGAACACUACUCGAAAAUGACUUUACUAUCGACAUGAACUGGAUUUAAGUAAAUCUGUAAUUCUUUUCUCUUCGUAAUUUACCCAUACCUUAGUUCCCAAAAAUUUGUGUGCCAUUAUAUUGAGCACAAUUUAUUUGAGCCCGAAAAAUUUGGGCAGAAAAUUUGAACUCAUUUGGGCGACCGAAAAUUUGGGCACAAAUUCUUCGAAAAAUGAACGAUUUUCCACUAAAAUCAUCUACAGCCCCUGGACAUAUCUAUCAAUGGGCUGGCUAAGAAAUUGAUGCGCAAUAAGUACGAAGAUUGGUACGAGAAAAACAUAGUGUGUCAGCUCAAUGGAGGAGUUUCAUCAGACAAUGUGAAAAUUUAUUUAAAAGGGAGGCCAGAUGACAUAAGGAAAGGCUUUGAGAAGUCGGGUAUAACUGAUGCUUGUAGAUCAGACUUUACGGUGGAUGAUAAUCCAUUUGCAGAUCUUGUUUAAAUCUCUAGCUAUCCUUACCUCUAGCCAUUUGUUUUAUUAGUACCUGUUAGCUAUUCCAGUUAUUUCUAUUCAUUUAAAAUAUAAGCCUUUUUACUUGGUCAAGCCAUGAAUGACAGAUUAGAAAACUAAAAUUUCAAAUAUAAUUUCACUUGGAUACGAAGAAAAAGCCAUCUUUCUAUAGAUUUCAGGGCCACAGGCCAAAUGCCAAAAGUUUGGUUACCAAAAAAUUUAGCAGACGGAAAAGAUUUAUGCAAUAAAUUUGGUCUGCAAAAAAUUUGGGCGAGAGGCCCGCUCAAAUUUUUUGUUGCCCAAAUUUUUGGGAAUUAAGGUAGCAUAUUAUGAUCAUUCAUUCUUAUCCAUUGAACAGACACAUAGUGCAGGUUUAUUGUCAACAUUCAGCCAUCCAUUUAACGCGCAUAAAUUAUUUUCAACAUUUAGGAAUGCAUUUUUGAAAAAUGGUUUGAUUCUAUAUGUCCAGCUUUCAAGGAAACUAACAGAAUUUUCAUUCAAAUUUCAAUAUUUGUUUAGGUCUCUGUCUUAAAUCAUAUCAUACUAUCGUAACCUUAUUUUAAGAAAUUUCACUGAACAGUUCUGUCAAAUCAUUCAAUCAUAAUUUCUCAUAUCCUUCUUCUCAAAAUACAAAUUCCACAGCGAAUGGAAUGUAUAAGUCACCUCAUUCACCACUUCACAGUUCAUGCUGCGCACAUUCCAUGUCAGUUGUCACUGAAGAGAAAUCUUUGCUGAGCAAUGCAGUGUAAUAUUCAAUUUCAAGCUUGAACGAUUUUGAAUUUCAGAGCUACAUUAUUUCUUCAGACAGAUUUUCAGAAAUCUUGUCUCUGAUGGGGUGAUAUUAUAGAGAAAGGUACGGUGUGUCAAAGAAGUGGAAAUAUACGGUAGCACUCUGUUCGGAGUUAUGAGUUGAGUACCACUAAUUAAGGGCAUGUAUCAAGAUGUAACGUUCAUUACGAUCUGCCUUCUUAUCUUGACCAUAUCAUCUGCUGAAGAUAAUUGUUCAGAUAGCUAUAGGACAGUGUACACGGAGUGUAAUGAGGAGGGUACGGAGAGGUGGAAAGUUACCGUAUCUGAGAACUCCAGCUGCACACCUCCUUCUCCUGUUAGAGUUGCUAGCUGUGAUCAGACCUGUCCAAGUGGAGAGGUACUAGACAACUUUUCCAAUUGUACAAAAUGUGGAGUUGGAACUUAUAGUCCCGGAGACAGCAAGAUUAUUAGUACAUUGGAUCCCAAAAUCUAUCCAGAUAUAAGCUUCUUGACCAGCAAAAUUAAUCAGAACGAUAAAAGCUGUCCAGAAAUCAGAGUGGAAGAUGGAAGUGUGGUGCUACCGACAAGUUAUUGCUGGAAUGUGGUGAACAUUCCUUUCGAAGUGGUAAAACCUGGAUCAGUUUCACUUCACUAUCUCCAUACUGAUGAUCGAGUCAGUGUUGACUUUUAUCUAAAAGAUUACCAAAGUUGUGAUGGUGGAGAUGCGAAAGUAACAAAGUCAGGAAGUCCACUGAACAACUGGCAGAAUAUUGAGCUGCCUGUUUCUGCCAAAGGAAAGUACAUCUUCCAAGUCAAAUCGACCGCAUUCUUCGACACUGAGACCAUCACGAGCAGCUCCGUCCCCCUUGAAUCCCCCCGCCUACUCAACAUCACCGUGUCAGGAGUGGAACCUUACACAAAAUGUAUCGCGUGUCCUCCCGGAACUAUUAGCAGCUCGGAGGGUUCCAGCGAGUGUACUCCUUGUUCUAACAACCAGUACGCUGCUGACUCUUCAACUUGUUCAGAGUGUCCUGAGGGGAAGUACGCUCCAGCUGGGUCAGCUGAGUGUUUGGACAAGGUCACGUGUGGUGUGAGUGAUUUCCUGCCCGUUGUUGGUGAAUGCUCAGCUGGAAAGAGUACAGUUUCAGUCAAAGAGAUUAUUCCAAACAAAUGUCAAAAAUCUAUCCCUUCGGAAACUUACGACUGUCCCGCGUGCCAGCCAGGAAGUGAGAAGAAAGAAGAGACAUGUGUGUUCUGUCCUGACGGUACUCACAAUCCCUUUGGUAGUGAUCAGUGUUCCCCAUGUGACCCCAACACCAUUUCUCUGAAAGGGCUGUACCACGUGUGGUGGAAUGAGAUACCAUCUUCUUGGAAUGUGAGAUCUCCCGAGUGUUGGAUUCCAGCUGGACCCUUCCUUUUAGGAAGACCAUCUCAUCAUCAACCUGUGAUUGCUAUUCAUUUUGGAGAGGUUAGGUUCAGCUCGAAAGUGAUCAAGAGUAAUGUGGUCGGGCUCUUUGGCGUCAAGUUCAAGCUCUUCUGUCCUCAGUCUUGCACUUUUCUUAUAAUCAAGAAAGUGACGUUCACAAAAAGUAAUGUGAUGAGGCAGGAGGUAACUGAGAGGUUCGACAAGUCAACAGGGGAGGGAGAUCCUCAGACUGCUCACACUUACGUUCUGAAGAACGACGGACAGGACGGUGAUAUUAGAAUGGAUUUCUCCAUUCAACUAUCAGGAAGUGGAUCCUACCUGCAACUUUACGGCGUAAACUUCACCAAUACUAUUGAAGGUGGCAGUAGUUUCUGUUUCCCAUGUGACGGCUCCAGCUGCGAGGAAUGCGCUCAAGGAAUGGUAUACGAGGACGGGAAGUGUAUGGAGUGUCCUGCAGACUCGUACCACAUGACGUCGGGUAGUGUUCUGGAAUCCAACUACCAGUCUCAGUGUGAGAAGUGUCCUGCUGGCACAAUGUCAGCACCUGGAAGCACGAGCUGCUACACCCCUUGUAAACUGAUGACGUCAUCAGAUAACGAGUACGACAUCACCAGCGUGGGGAGGACUCUGAUACACGAUGACAGGGUAUCAUAUCCCGACCAGUUUGGUAAUAGAUACCACUAUCGUUACCUGAUGAAGCUAUGUAGUUCUGAUGGGGACGUGCCUUUCGUUACGUGUUCAGAAGACAAUUCUGACAAGGUCAGUGGAGCAAUCUGUAGAGAAAACGUUAUGAGUUCCAGUGAAGGGGCAGAAACUAUCACCAAUCCAAUUAUUAAAGGAGAGAUGUUAUCGGGAAUGGACGAGAAAAGCAACGGUCUCACUCUUCAAUUCUCAACGUUACACACCGUUACGGGGUGUGACAGUGUCACAACUAAUGUCACUCUUAUCUGUAACAGAGAUCAAACUAGUGACAUAUCUCUCGUUGACAACAGUGACAAUUGCAGAUUGGCUUUUGAGUACUCCGGACCAUUUGGAUGCAGACUCUGCAAAGAAUCAGAUUACAAGUCAAUAGCUUCCUCAUGUGAGAAAAGCUCCAGGAAUAUCACGUACGUGAAGGAGGAAGAGGUGGUAUGUAUCGGAGGAGCUGGUCUGCUGCCCGUCACUACUGAGGAUUGUGUUCCUUACCAAGACUCUCUCGUCGACUCUAUCAAACGAUUUAAGGUGUACGUUGGUAUUGGUGUUGGGGUGAUGGUGAUAUUGAUAGCAGGAUUCUGUUUCCUAGCCUGGUACAGCUCCAGUCUCAAGCACAAGUUAGACGGUUACAGUCAAAUGAACUAUGCAGAUGAUGAUGAUAACUACAUGGGGGCUGACGAAGGAAACCAGCAGCACGCCUGGGCUGACAGCGGGGAGGAAUCAGACGGAGAAGAAAACCUAUACACUCGGUAUCAGGGCAAAUCUCCCGGCAACAUCUUGUCCGAUAAAUUCGGGAAAAUAAACGAAACUUUGGGAAUCAAGAAGUAUAAGAAAUUUGGCGAGAACGAUAUCAUGGAAAUGUCCAGUAGAACAGGGAUUUGAUUUCUUUCCUGUUGUUAAUCAACAUCGUUCAUAUGUUAGCUCAGUUUUAAUUUUUUUCAAAUUGUUCUAAAUUUUAACGUCAAACCUGUUAGCUUAAAUUUCAAAUACGUUUUUAAAAUUUUUAUUUUUUUUCCCUCAUUUAUGAUUCGUCUGUAUUGUGUAUGGUGAUUUAUAAUACCUAAUAUGUGUGCUAUAAAGUUCCCGUCGAAGUUUCCCAACCC